AUGAGGCCCCGUAUCAAGAAGUGCGUCAAGAAGGAGCAAGGCAACAUCCGCUUCGCUGUUGACUGCAGCGCGGGAAAAGAUCUGGAGCUUAACCUCAACGAGUUUGCGGACUAUGUGAGAACACACUUCAAAAUUAACAAUCGCAAGCACGGGGUCGCCGAGAAGGUAGCCUGUUCUGUGGAGGGAGACUCCCUCGUUAUCCAAACGACAGGCUACGAGUUUGCCAAGCGCUAUGUGAAGUAUCUCACCAAGCGCUUUUUGUACCAAGACUACCAGGGUGUCUUUAGAGUCCUCUCCACCGAUAAGGAGACGUACACUCUCAAGCCAUACACUAUUGAAGACGACGACGACGAGGCUGGCACGGAUGACGAGUGA